AGCAGUGGAGACUCCGUCCAUUGGGUUGUGGAAGCUGGUGGUAGGUUAAUUCUCUUGGGGAAUAUCAGAAGGUUCUUUCAGUUUACACUUUUAUCAGUUACAAACAGCAAUGAGUGGAAACCUCUUGUGAGCAGCUCACAUGGGUCUGAAUCUGGAAAGGUCAAGGAUGGAGUCAUGCAAAAGUGGUGGCUCUUUUUAUGCAGUGGGGUGAAGGGGGCAGAGCUGAGGGAGUGAACCUGGGUGUGAAGCUAUGACGCAGGGAGAGAUCACACAGUGUGUGCACAGCUAGAGGAAGUGUGAGUGGAUGGCUUACAUUCUUGGUGUUUGGAAUUAAGGGUGAAGCCUAAGACCAUUUAUGGCUGGGUUUGGAGGCCUGAUCUGGGAGACUCAGUGGACUUGUUUAGCAGGAAGAAUGAGGCCCUGCAGGCAGGGCCCUGAGUUUAGAUAGCAUUUAUCUGCCCCACUAUCUCUUAUCCUGCCUGCCUUUGCUCAGGACAAUGUGAGAGGUGAAUGAGACUGUGAUGAGACAGCAGGCAGACCAACUGCUGCUGUCUUCCCUGAUGGGGGGAUGUUCUGUAAGGAAUUCACUGUGGGGAACAGUAGGAUUUUGGGUCUUAGACUGUUCCAGAUUCAUUUGUAUUAAUUCUGAUAGGUUUUUGUGACAUUUGAAGACAUCGCUGUGUAUCUGUCCAGGACAGAAUGGUUCCUUCUGGAUGAGGCUCAGAGACAUGUGUUCCUCAGUAUUGUGCUGGAGAACUAUGCUCUUAUGUCAUUGCUGGGUUGCUGCUGUGGAGCAGAGGAUGGGGAGGCACCCAUUGAAGAGAAUGUUUCUGUAAGAGUCUCAAGGGCUAUGAAUCUGAAGUCAGCACUGUCUUCCCAGAAGAACCACCCAUGUGAAAGUUGUGGGUGUGUCUUGAGACAAAUUUUCUUCUCCAUUGACCAGCAGGGAACCCAACAGGUCCCAACACUGCUGAGGUGUGGGGCAUGUGCAAAACCAUUUUAUUUCAGUGCACAGAGUCACCAGCUCCAGGAGCAGGACACGACAAAGAAUUGUUUCAUCAGCAGUGUGGACAGGGUCUCGCUUGCAAAGAGCUGCAAUUCCCAUGUGUUGUGGAAGGCUCGUAGCUCUAGUCAGGAUGAAAAAUGCUUCCUCAUCAAUUCUGGACAUCAUGAGCCACUGGCUGCUUACGCCAUGCACAGGACAAAGGAAAUCUCUAAGUCUGGGAUGACUUUUCAAACUACAAAAUAUUACACAGCAGGAGAAUGCAAUAAAGCUAUUGGCUGUGAUGACACACUCAUUGAGGACCAGAGCUUCCUUACUGGAAGACAGUGUUUUCUGUGUUGUGAAUGUGGGAAGUCUUUUACCAGGAUUUCUGCCCUCCAUGUUCAUAAGAGAGUUCAUACUGGAGAAAGGCCUUAUAAGUGCGGAGAAUGUGGGAAAUCUUUCAGUGGUAGCUCUGGUCUUGGUUAUCAUAAGAAAGUUCACACUGGAGAAAGGCCUUAUAAGUGCAGGGAAUGUGGGAAAUCUUUCAGCAGUAGCUCAGGUCUUGGUCAUCAUCAGAAAGUUCACACUGGGGAAAGGCCUUAUGAAUGCACUGAAUGUGGGAAAUCAUUUAAGCGAAAAGAUUCCUUUAAUUCUCAUCAGAGAGUUCACACCGGAGAAAGGCCUUACAAGUGUGGUGAAUGUGGGAAAAAUUUCAGCAGUAGCUCAGGUCUUGGUCAUCAUCAGAAAGUUCACACUGGAGAAAGGCCUUAUGAGUGCACUGAAUGUGGGAAAUCGUUUAAGCAAAAAGAUUCCCUUAAUUCUCAUCAGAGAAUUCACAGUGGAGAAAGGCCUUAUAAGUGUGGUGAUUGUAGUAGAUCUUUUAGCCGUAGCUGUGACCUCCGUAAACAUCACAGAGUUCACACUGGUGAAAGGCCUUAUGAGUGUGGUGAAUGUGGGAAAUCUUUUACUCGUAGCUCUUCCCUCCGUAUUCAUCACAGAGUCCACACAGGAGAAAGACCAUAUAAUUGCGGUGAAUGUGGGAAAUCUUUUACCCAUAGCUUUCUUCUUCAUCGUCAUCAGAAAGUUCACACUGAAGAAAGCCCUUAUAAGUGUGGUGAAUGUGGAAAGUCUUUUAGUAGUGGCUCUGACCUUUAUGUACAUCACAGAGUACACACUGGGGAAAGGCCUUAUGAGUGCAGUGAACAUACAAAAUCUUGUACCAGUAGCUCUGCCCUCCAUUUUCAUCAAGGUGUUCACACUGGAUAAAGGACUGAUUACUGCACUAAAUGAGGAAAUCCUUUAUAUGUUCCAGUAACCUCCAUUACUACCACAGAGUUCUCACCAAAGAAAUGCUUAUGAAUGUGGUGAAAGUGGAAAAUCUUUUAUCUGUUGCAUUAACUAUCAUGUUAUUAAAGACUACACACAGUUCAAAGUUUUAUGUCUGUAUGGCAUAUGGGAGAUGUUUUAUCAGUAAUCUUCAUUUUCCUUGGAGACUUCCUUUUGGAGAAAGGUCUCAUGAGUACAGUGAAAGUAGGAAAUCCUUUUUCUGUAGCAUUCCCCUCAGUUGUCAUCAGAGAGUUACCUGGAGAAUGGCCUUAUGCCUGCAGUGAAUUUGGGAAGUGUUUUUCCUGUAUUAGUGAUUUCCACUAGUAUGAAUAAACUCUAUUUAUGCUGUCAAAUAUGCAAUUUGUCAACAAAAUUGAGUUUGUUGAAAUGCAAUUUGAGUGUUGAGAGUAUGAGAAAUGUUUGCACUGUAGCCAUUCUCUUUAUUGCCAUUAGAGAAUUUACAAUGUCUAAGUUCUUAUAAGUUAAGGAAAUUUGGGAAAUCUUUUAUUAUGUAUUCAUUGCCUUUUUUAUCUUCUGAAAAUUCACACAGGUAAAAUCUUUUCAUAUACAGGCAAUAUGAGAAUUUUUUCUGUAGUACAAUCCUCCAUUAUAUUCCCAGUUUCACUCUGGAGAAUGUCCUUAUGAGUGCAGGGAAUGUGGGAAAAUGUUUUUUGAUUGUUUCUCCUUUCUUAUCAGAGUUUACAUAGGAGAUAGGUCUUAUGAUGACAUGAAAUGUGGCAAAUAUUUCACCUCAUAUCCAUAGGCAUGUUAACCAGAGUCCACAGUGGCGAAAGGAUUCAAGAGUGAAGCAAACUAGGGAAAUCUUUAGCCAUAAGAUGUUGAACAGUUCUCACUCGGUAAAAGGGUAUUUUUUAGGAAAUGUUUAUUUGUUAUCUUCAUAGUAAUGACACUGAAGAAAACUUUCUGAAAAUGUCUGAGUUUAAUUUUAUAUAUUCACACUAUGGGGAUGUCUCAGAAGUUUAAUGUUUACAUUUUGAUGUUAACUAACAAAGUACGUUCUAAACUAAUCAUGCCUUGAUGCGUUCUUACUUAUAGUGUAUGAGGGUUACAUUCUUCCACUCUAACAAAGUCUUGACUUGUUUAUUUUUAUAAUUUUAGCUCUUUCUAUGUAUUUGUCACGCUGUUUUUGUUGUUCUAGUUGCAUUUCUGUAAUAAUCUAUGGUGUGUAUUUUUCAGGAGUGUAUGUAAAUUGGAUAUGUUUUUAGUAUAUUCUGUGCUCACAUACUUUACCUAUUCUUUUAUAAUUUAGGGCUACUCUCCUUAGAAAAUAGGAGAAUGAAACAACAAAGAUAUAUGCUGUAGUGUCAUCCAUUUUAAUUCUUUGAAUAAUAAAUAAUUUUUGUUUCAUGGAAUAAUAGUUUUUAUGGAGAAAUUGUUUUAGUAGUGAAAAUAUAUUCAGAUUAUUUCUAUUCUUUUUUUGCUGUAUAGCAUAUGUAGGGACAUACGUAUACUUUAAAAAAUAAUCUACAUUCUUUACACACUUCACUGCUUUUGUAAAUUCAAUCAUUAAGUAGUAUAAUAAUUUUGCUUCUAA